AUGAUUUGGAAUGCAGAUUUAGAAAAGAAGAAUGGGCAAAAAACUCCGCAGUUAAUUGACGCUGCCACGAAUGAACGGAGGACAUUCAAGGAAGUGGCGCAACUUACUGUCGACGUGGCUCUCUCUCUGGCUCACAUUGGAAUCAAAAAAGGAGAUGUGGUCAGCAUAUGCAGCCAGACUGUGAUGGAGUUCGUACCUGUUGUCUAUGGGACAUUGGCAGCUGGAGCUACGUUUUGUCCCAUCGAUGUAACACUUGAAAAAGCUUCAUUGUUGCAUAGACUCAACCUGGUCAAACCGAAAGUAUUAUUCCUUUCACCGCCUGCUUAUGAUAAACACAAAGAUACCAUCAAACCACUGGCAUAUAUCGAUAAAAUCGUCAUAUUCGGCGAAUCUUUUGAGAAUACUCUAAGUUUCAAGGAUUUUUUAACUGAACAUGCGUCGGUUGAGGACUUCGAGGCGGCUCCUGUGAAUGGGUCUGAUGAUAUAGCUCUGAUUCUGUUCUCAUCUGGCACUACUGGCGUAUCGAAAGGAAUUAAAAUUCCCCAUUUAAACUUGCUAUUAUACAUCCAAGACAAAGAAUGUGCUCCAAGCUUGGGUGUGUUGACCUUAGUGCUGUUCGAAUUCUAUACCUCAUCCGGUCUUAUACUAGCAAUGUACUCGCACCUGAAAGGAUUUACGACGGUGUUCCACAAUGACGCUGAUGCGAGAAAAUGUUUUGAAAUCAUUGAAAAGUAUAAGAUAAACAAUAUACCAUCAACACCAACUACUUUUGUGCAAUUGAUGAAGCUGGAAAAUUCAUCGCAUUAUGAUACAAGCUCGAUUAAGGCAAUUAGCGUGACUGGAACAAUUUGUCACGAGAGCAUCUUAGAAGCGAUUAGAAAGAGAUUUCCUAGUGCUCAAUUAGUUUUCCAGUGCUAUGGGAUGACUGAAAGCGGUGCCAUUUGCACUCCAAUUCACGAUCGGUUCGGGCUUCGGGCUGGGAGCGUUGGCCAUGUUCACUACAAUUUUGUUCUUAAGAUAGUAGAUGUGGAAACCAGGCAGCCCUUGGGUCCGAAUCAGAGAGGAGAGAUUUGUUACAAGUCGCCUGUACUAAUGAAAGGAUACAUUGGCGAAACAACUGAAUACUUGGACGAAGAAGGAUUCUUCAAGAGUGGCGACAUCGGAUACUACGAUGAAGAUCAGUACGUGUACGUCGUGGACAGGCUCAAGGAUCUCAUAAAGUUCAAUAACUACCAUGUACCUCCAGCUGAAAUUGAAUCAAUAAUUUUGCAACACCCUGCAGUACUAGAAGUGGGUGUUGUGGGCGCCAAGAAUGAGGAGUUCCACGAACUACCCACAGCCUUCGUGGCACUGAAACCUGGAGCUCAAGUGACUGAACAAGAGAUUGUUGACUUUGUCGGCAAACAGGUGUCAUAUAAGAUGCGAUUAGCAGGCGGAGUUCGAUUCCUGGAUGCUCUGCCGCAUUGUGCUGGUGUCAAGGUUGACAGAAAAAAACUCCGAACUAUGCUGUAAACAUUUUACAAAUAAAAUAAUGUUCGAACGAA